CUGACGAAGCUUGUAUUUCCUCCGAAUUAGAUAGAUAUAAGAAGGCAAGGGAAAAGCAGCUAAUGGUUGAGUGCUCGCACUUAGCAUUAGUUUUCCUACCUCCACAACAACACCGCCCAGGCCAAUAAAACACCAAACAAUUACACACAACUAUCACUAUCCACUCCCAAGUUCUUCUUCUACAGCAACAUGACGGAUCAAAACUACCCAGAUCCAACUACGGUUAAUAGUUCAGUGGACUCUAGCCAGACCCAGACGCAAGCCACGGCAAAGACAGUAUCUGCUGAUCCAGUUCCCAUUUUCGAGAAGGCAAUCCACAUUAGUGGUUCUACAGCUGGCUCAACUGUCAAGGCUAAGAUAGGCGGCGAUGAUAACAACGUUACUCCAGUCGACCAAACGUGGAGAGAAUUGCCCUUAUUCGUAUCAUUGGAGAGCAUCGCGGAAAACAUAGAGCUCUCACAAAUGCGACUCUUAGAAAGAUUAUCAGAUCUAGAUCAUCUAUCAUCAUUGAUAGCGACCAUGCCCUUACCAAUGAGUAGAAUCUGGUCUGAGCAACUUUCUAUGCUCUACAACGGAGUACAGCAAGACCGUGAGGCUAUGAAGUCAUUUAUCGAUCGCGUAUGUCGGGAUGUAGAUGAAAUAAGAGGUGAGGUUCAAAGAUGGCAUGACGUUGCGAAAUCAUUGGCUACUUGUCAACAGCCUGAGUGAGGCUUUGAGUACACGCCCAACUUCCAACUCUUCCCUAACACUCAACCUCUCUCAACUUGAUCAUUCACAUCUCUGAAGGUUCAACCCUUGAUGCAAUAUUCGGGAUAGGUAGAGUCAUACGAUCCAUGUGUUCUUGACGUAUUCUGCAAUUUCUAUAUCUUUCCCCUGUCUUUCUACUUUUUCAUUCCGAUGGAACCUUCGAGUCUUUUUUUAUCCGUAAAAUUUUGCAAGUUGGAUUCACGUUUCUUGAGCCGCACAAUGGAGGGAGUAAGUUUGUUUGGGUUGGUUAAGUAAAGUUAAUCGGAGAAUGAACUGCACGAAAUUUUGAGAUCCUAUGUUGCACAUGGCAAAUUGGGGUGAGCUGUGAAUGUGUCGAAACCAACAUUCUCUCAAGUUGAGCUGGUGAUGAGGUUCUUGCCUCGAAACCCCAAGCAAUCGUCAUCUUAGAAACGUAUAAUUUCCACCAUUGAUAUUCUCAGGUACCAAUACCAGUCAUGUAAACUGUGCGAAGAAUGCAUCUAAUCUUUCUUCAUCGUUAUGAUGACCAUGAACGCCCCACAAUAAAUUCACUUGACUCACGUCCAUCAGCAACAAUAACAACCAAUCUGUACAACU